AAAUUGGAGCUGUGGUUGGCUGUGGAGCAGCUUAGCCGAGCUUGCAGACCCGAGUACUGAGGACUGGUUCCCUGGCUAGGGGAAAAGAAGGAGGAGGAGGAGGAGGAGGAGGAGGAGGAGGAGGAAAAAAAAGGAGGUGGAGAAGGUGCUGAAGGAGGAGGAGCGGGGAGCGUAAAGAGAAGAAGGGAGGGGGAAGCUGGGGAGCGAGGGAGGAAAUAAAUAAAUAAAACAAUAACCUCCGCGCCAAUAAGAACGAGGGAGAGAGAAAGCGAAGGACAGAGAGAGACACCGGCUCCAGUUCGCUCGGCUAGGAGAGGUGCUCCUUUGGCGCGCGGCGCGCGCGCGUGUAUGUGUGUGUGUGUGUAUGUGUGUGUGGGUGGGUGUGCGUAUGUAUGCAUGUGUGUGCGUGCGUGUAUGUAUUCGCCCCGACUGAAACUGUAAAGUUCACACCAGACGUGUUGCUCUCUCCGUUUGCCCGGGGCUGCGGCUGAGGUCGUCCCAACUUCACUUGCCCAAGUGACUGUGUGCCUUGCCCAGCGCCUCCCGUGGUGCUGCUGCUGCUGCUGCUGCUGCGGCGGCGGCGGCAGCUGCUGCCCGCCCCUCCGGCCAGCAGUGGCAACGGCGGCGUAGACUGCCGCCUCCUCCUCCCAGCACACCUUGGAGCGCGAGGGAGGCUGGUUUGUAAGGGGGCUUCCCUGCCAACCCCAGCACUAGCAACUGCACCUGCCCACCACAUUCCAGCCACUUCCCCCCGGGCGGUGCCUGGAGCCGGCAGAAAGACAACUAUUGUGAGGACAGAGUGUGGAGAGAGGAAAUAAUAAGUGAACAAUUGCCCUCUGAAUUUUCUCCGGACAUGUAGAAUGUUCCUGCUGAAACACUAAGACAACUUCGAGAAGCAGCUCACUGUAAAUUGCUGUGUGACGUGUGGCACUCAUCCUCAAGGCAAUAACUUCUAGCUGCUGUUGUGGGUAUAGAUUUUGCUGCAAGGAAAUAACAACUGGUGAUGGAAUUUUCUCCUUUGGACUACUAGAUUCCUUAACAAAGAGCGAAUUGAGUGACCAAGACAACCUUUCCCAAGUGUAAUGUCAGUGGCGGCUAUCACUUUGGCAGAAUCAGUGAAGACAAAAACAGUCUCUUCGCCUGUUUUUUUCAUCUGCUGGUGGCAUUAAAAGUGACCCUGCCUUGUAAAUAUUGGUCAAGACCCAUAUUGGAAGAAGAAAGCUGUAUGUCAUUGUGGACUAUCAUCUGUCAAGAUCAACCAUUAAGAUUUGGAAGACCUUUCUACCGAGUAUAACUCACCAGCUUAGAGCCUGCAGAGAGCCCCACAAAUUGCCCUUGUUGCUCUGGUGGAAAGAUAGCUCUGCAGAGAUGAGUUCUUAAUUAAUGCACUGAGAGCCUGCGAGUCCCACCUCUCAACAGGAAUGAUUGACGUCCAAGGAUACAUAAAUUACACUAAUUGAGCUUUGCAUCCAUAUAGUCUUUGCACAGCCAACUCAUCAGAGAAGCUAGGCUUGGGACCCAGCUAAUACUUUUGUUUGGCCACACUAAUGAACAAAUACCAGCAGAAUUGUCAAAAGGAAAUACCACCUCUUUGAUCCUCUACUCAUCAGAAACCAAGAAAAGCAAAAUCUGUUCAAGCAACAGAAAAUUAAAAGAAGUCUUAAAAGAAGAGUAGAGGCAAGUGGAGAUUGAAUGUUGAAGAGAGUUUGCAAUAAGCGGGACUGAUGAGCCCACAGAAGGAAUGAAGUAUGGAUGUAAAAGAACGCAGACCUUAUUGCUCCUUGACAAAGAGUCGGAGAGAAAAAGAGCAACGCCGUUAUACGAAUUCUUCAGCCGACAAUGAAGAGUGCAGGGUUCCUACCCAGAAGUCUUACAGUUCCAGUGAAACCCUGAAAGCUUUUGAUCAUGAUUCCUCUAGGCUGCUCUAUGGGAACAGGGUAAAGGAUCUGGUUCACAGAGAAGCUGACGAGUACACCAGGCAAGGACAGAAUUUUACCCUAAGGCAGUUAGGAGUUUGUGAACCAGCAACUCGAAGAGGACUGGCAUUUUGUGCGGAAAUGGGGCUCCCCCACAGAGGUUACUCUAUCAGUGCAGGGUCAGAUGCCGAUACAGAAAACGAAGGAGUGAUGUCCCCAGAGCAUGCCAUGAGACUUUGGGGCAGGGGGGUCAAGUCAGGCCGAAGUUCCUGCCUGUCAAGUCGGUCCAACUCAGCCCUCACCCUGACUGAUACGGAGCAUGAAAACAAGUCGGACAGUGAGAAUGAGCAACCUGCCAAUAAUCAAGGACAGUCCACUCUGCAGCCUCUGCCACCUUCGCACAAACAACAUUCUGCACAGCAUCAUCCAUCCAUCACUUCUCUCAACAGAAACUCUCUGACCAAUAGGAGGAACCAGAGUCCGGCCCCGCCGGCUGCUUUGCCCGCCGAGCUGCAAACCACACCCGAGUCCGUCCAGCUGCAGGACAGCUGGGUCCUUGGCAGUAAUGUACCACUGGAAAGCAGGCAUUUCCUAUUCAAAACAGGAACAGGGACGACGCCACUGUUCAGUACUGCCACACCAGGAUACACAAUGGCAUCUGGCUCUGUUUAUUCCCCCCCGACUCGGCCACUACCUAGAAACACCCUAUCAAGAAGUGCUUUUAAAUUCAAGAAGUCUUCGAAGUACUGUAGUUGGAAAUGCACUGCCCUCUGCGCUGUAGGGGUCUCUGUACUCCUGGCAAUACUACUAUCAUAUUUUAUAGCAAUGCAUCUCUUUGGCCUCAACUGGCAAUUACAACAAACUGAAAAUGACACUUUUGAGAAUGGAAAAGUGAAUUCUGACACCAUGCCAACAAACACCGUAUCAUUACCUUCUGGCGACAACGGAAAAUUAGGUGGAUUUGCACAAGAAAAUAACACCAUAGAUUCGGGAGAACUUGAUAUUGGCCGGAGAGCAAUUCAAGAGGUUCCUCCAGGGAUUUUCUGGAGGUCACAGCUCUUUAUUGAUCAGCCACAGUUUCUUAAAUUCAAUAUCUCUCUCCAGAAGGAUGCACUGAUUGGAGUAUAUGGCCGCAAAGGUUUACCACCUUCUCAUACCCAGUAUGACUUUGUGGAGCUUCUGGAUGGCAGCAGGUUAAUUGCGAGAGAACAGCGCAACCUGCUUGAGUCAGAAAGAGCCGGUCGACAGACGAGAUCCGUCAGCCUUCACGAGGCUGGUUUCAUACAGUACUUGGAUUCUGGAAUCUGGCAUUUGGCUUUUUAUAAUGAUGGGAAAAAUGUCGAGCAGGUGUCUUUUAAUACCAUCGUUAUAGAGUCUGUGGUCGAAUGCCCCCGGAAUUGCCAUGGAAACGGGGAAUGUGUUUCUGGGACAUGCCAUUGUUUUCCAGGAUUUCUGGGCCCCGAUUGUUCGAGAGCAGCCUGUCCAGUGUUGUGUAGCGGAAAUGGGCAAUACUCCAAAGGCCGUUGUCUCUGCUUCAGCGGCUGGAAGGGGACUGAGUGUGAUGUGCCCACCACCCAGUGUAUUGACCCUCAGUGUGGGGGUCGUGGGAUUUGUAUUAUGGGCUCUUGUGCUUGCAACUCGGGAUACAAAGGAGAAAACUGUGAAGAAGCUGACUGUUUAGACCCUGGCUGCUCUAAUCAUGGGGUGUGUAUCCAUGGAGAAUGCCACUGCAACCCAGGAUGGGGUGGAAACAACUGUGAGAUCCUGAAGACCAUGUGCCCAGACCAGUGCUCUGGGCAUGGAACAUACCUUCAGGAAAGUGGCACCUGUACUUGUGACCCAAACUGGACUGGCCCAGACUGCUCAAAUGAAAUAUGUUCGGUGGACUGUGGCUCACAUGGGGUUUGCAUGGGGGGAACUUGUCGCUGUGAAGAAGGCUGGACUGGCCCAGCAUGUAAUCAAAGAGCCUGCCACCCCCACUGUGCGGAACAUGGAACCUGCAAAGAUGGGAAGUGUGAAUGCAGCCAGGGAUGGAACGGAGAACACUGUACCAUUGCUCACUAUUUGGAUAAGAUAGUUAAAGAGGGUUGCCCUGGUCUGUGCAAUAGCAAUGGAAGAUGUACACUGGACCCCAACGGCUGGCAUUGUGUUUGCCAGCCAGGGUGGAGAGGCGCAGGAUGUGAUGUAGCCAUGGAGACUCUGUGCACAGAUAGCAAGGACAAUGAAGGAGAUGGAUUAAUUGACUGUAUGGACCCUGACUGCUGCUUACAGAGUUCCUGCCAGAAUCAACCCUACUGUCGUGGACUUCCUGAUCCCCAAGAUAUCAUUAGCCAAAGCCUACAGUCGCCAUCUCAGCAAGCUGCUAAGUCUUUUUAUGAUCGAAUUAGUUUUCUUACAGGGCCAGACAGUACUCAUGUCAUACCUGGGGAAAGUCCUUUCAACAAAAGCCUUGCAUCUGUCAUUAGAGGCCAAGUACUCACUGCGGAUGGGACUCCACUUAUUGGAGUUAACGUCUCAUUUUUUCAUUACCCGGAGUACGGAUACACUAUUACACGCCAGGAUGGAAUGUUUGACUUGGUGGCAAAUGGCGGUGCCUCUCUCACUCUGGUAUUUGAACGGUCACCGUUCCUUACUCAAUAUCACACUGUGUGGAUUCCCUGGAAUGUCUUUUAUGUGAUGGAUACCCUGGUCAUGAAGAAAGAAGAGAAUGACAUUCCCAGCUGUGAUCUGAGUGGAUUUGUGAGGCCAAAUCCCAUCAUUGUGUCAUCACCUUUGUCCACCUUUUUCAGAUCUUCUCCUGAAGACAGCCCCAUUAUUCCUGAGACACAGGUACUUCAUGAAGAUACAACUAUUCCAGGGACUGACUUGAAACUUUCCUACUUGAGCUCCAGAGCAGCAGGGUACAAGUCAGUCUUGAAGAUCACCAUGACUCAAUCAGUUAUACCAUUUAAUUUAAUGAAAGUUCAUCUGAUGGUGGCAGUCGUAGGAAGACUCUUUCAAAAAUGGUUCCCAGCUUCACCAAAUCUUGCAUAUACAUUCAUAUGGGACAAAACUGAUGCAUAUAAUCAGAAAGUUUAUGGUUUGUCCGAAGCUGUUGUGUCUGUUGGAUAUGAAUAUGAAUCUUGUUUGGACCUAACUCUGUGGGAAAAGAGAACUGCCAUUUUGCAAGGCUACGAAUUGGAUGCAUCCAAUAUGGGAGGCUGGACACUAGAUAAGCAUCAUGUGCUGGAUGUUCAAAAUGGUAUACUCUACAAGGGAAAUGGGGAAAAUCAGUUCAUUUCCCAACAACCCCCAGUAGUCAGCAGUAUCAUGGGCAAUGGACGAAGGCGCAGCAUAUCAUGCCCAAGUUGCAAUGGUCAAGCAGAUGGCAACAAGCUCCUGGCCCCAGCCGCUUUGGCUUGUGGGAUUGACGGCAGCCUGUAUGUAGGGGAUUUCAACUACGUACGGCGGAUAUUCCCUUCUGGGAAUGUAACUAGUGUUCUGGAACUGAGAAAUAAAGAUUUUAGACAUAGCAGCAACCCAGCUCAUAGAUACUACCUUGCAACGGAUCCUGUAACGGGAGAUUUAUACGUUUCCGACACAAACACCCGCAGAAUUUAUCGCCCCAAGUCCCUCACUGGUGCAAAAGACCUCACCAAAAAUGCCGAAGUGGUGGCUGGGACAGGAGAGCAGUGCCUCCCAUUUGAUGAAGCAAGAUGUGGUGAUGGGGGCAAGGCUGUGGAGGCUACACUCAUGAGCCCCAAAGGGAUGGCAAUUGACAAGAAUGGAUUAAUCUACUUUGUCGAUGGAACCAUGAUCAGAAAAGUAGAUCAAAAUGGAAUAAUCUCAACUCUCCUGGGCUCUAAUGAUCUGACUUCAGCCAGGCCUCUGACAUGCGAUACCAGCAUGCACAUCAGUCAGGUGCGUCUGGAAUGGCCCACUGACUUGGCUAUUAACCCUAUGGAUAACUCCAUUUAUGUCCUGGAUAAUAACGUAGUUUUACAGAUCACUGAAAACCGUCAGGUCCGCAUUGCUGCUGGGCGGCCAAUGCAUUGUCAGGUCCCCGGAGUGGAGUACUCUGUAGGGAAGCAUGCAGUUCAGACAACCCUGGAAUCGGCCACAGCCAUAGCUGUGUCCUAUAGUGGGGUCCUGUACAUCACAGAAACAGAUGAAAAGAAGAUUAACCGCAUAAGACAGGUCACAACAGAUGGGGAAAUCUCAUUAGUUGCUGGAAUACCCUCAGAAUGUGACUGUAAAAAUGAUGCCAACUGUGACUGCUAUCAGAGUGGAGAUGGCUAUGCCAAGGAUGCAAAACUCAAUGCUCCUUCCUCCUUAGCCGCAUCUCCAGAUGGCACCCUGUACAUCGCAGACCUCGGAAACAUUCGGAUCCGGGCCGUGUCGAAGAACAAACCUUUACUGAACUCCAUGAACUUUUACGAAAUCGCCUCGCCAACUGACCAAGAGCUUUAUAUCUUUGACAUCAAUGGCACUCACCAGUACACCAUGAGCCUCGUCACUGGUGAUUACCUGUAUAAUUUCAGCUACAGUAAUGAUAACGAUAUCACUGCAGUAACUGAUAGCAACGGCAAUACUCUUCGAAUCAGACGAGAUCCAAACCGGAUGCCAGUCAGGGUGGUGUCCCCUGACAACCAAGUCAUAUGGUUGACCAUAGGGACCAAUGGAUGUUUGAAAAGCAUGACUGCCCAAGGAUUGGAACUAGUUUUAUUCACUUACCAUGGCAACAGUGGUCUCCUGGCCACCAAAAGUGAUGAGACUGGUUGGACUACUUUUUUUGACUAUGACAGUGAGGGCCGCCUGACAAAUGUGACCUUUCCAACCGGAGUGGUCACCAACCUUCAUGGAGAAAUGGACAAGGCUAUUACGGUGGACAUCGAAUCAUCCAGCAGGGAGGAAGAUGUCAGCAUCACUUCAAAUCUGUCAUCAAUUGAUUCUUUCUAUACCAUGGUUCAAGAUCAGUUAAGAAACAGCUACCAGAUUGGUUAUGAUGGUUCCCUGAGAAUUAUCUAUGCCAGUGGCCUAGACUCACACUACCAAACAGAGCCACACGUACUUGCUGGCACAGCCAACCCAACAGUGGCGAAAAGAAAUAUGACUCUCCCUGGGGAGAAUGGCCAGAAUUUAGUGGAGUGGAGAUUCCGAAAAGAGCAAGCCCAGGGAAAAGUCAAUGUCUUCGGUAGAAAACUUAGGGUUAAUGGCAGAAACCUCCUUUCAGUCGACUUUGAUCGAACAACGAAGACAGAAAAGAUCUAUGACGACCACCGUAAAUUUCUGCUGAGAAUUGCCUACGACACAUCAGGACACCCAACCCUCUGGCUGCCGAGCAGCAAGCUGAUGGCUGUCAAUGUUACCUAUUCAUCUACAGGCCAGAUCGCCAGCAUCCAACGAGGAACCACGAGUGAAAAAGUAGAUUAUGAUGGCCAGGGAAGGAUUGUGUCUCGAGUCUUUGCAGAUGGGAAAACAUGGAGUUAUACCUACUUAGAAAAGUCAAUGGUCCUCCUGCUUCACAGUCAGCGGCAGUACAUCUUUGAAUAUGAUUUGCUAGACCGGCUUUCCGCUAUAACCAUGCCCAGCGUUGCUCGUCACACCAUGCAGACAAUCCGAUCCAUCGGCUAUUACCGAAACAUAUAUAACCCUCCCGAAAGCAAUGCCUCCAUCAUCAUGGACUAUAAUGAGGAAGGGCUGCUCCUGCAAACAGCCUUCCUGGGUACCAGUCGAAGGGUCCUAUUCAAGUAUAGGAGGCAAACGAGACUCUCAGAAAUUUUGUAUGAUAGUACAAGAGUCAGUUUUACUUAUGAUGAGACAGCAGGAGUUCUAAAAACAGUGAAUCUCCAGAGCGAUGGUUUUAUCUGCACCAUUAGAUACAGGCAAAUUGGUCCACUGAUUGAUAGACAGAUUUUCCGCUUUAGUGAAGACGGGAUGGUAAACGCACGAUUUGACUACAGCUAUGACAACAGCUUCAGAGUGACCAGCAUGCAGGGUGUCAUCAAUGAAACGCCAUUGCCCAUCGAUCUCUACCAAUUUGAUGAUAUUUCUGGUAAAGUCGAACAGUUUGGAAAGUUUGGGGUUAUUUACUAUGAUAUUAACCAGAUCAUUUCUACAGCUGUCAUGACAUACACUAAACACUUUGAUGCUCACGGCCGCAUCAAGGAAAUUCAAUACGAGAUCUUCAGGUCCUUGAUGUACUGGAUUACAAUCCAGUAUGAUAACAUGGGACGAGUAACUAAGAGGGAGAUCAAAAUUGGACCUUUUGCCAACACUACCAAAUAUGCGUACGAGUACGAUGUUGAUGGACAACUACAAACAGUUUACCUGAACGAGAAAAUUAUGUGGCGGUACAACUACGACCUGAAUGGUAACCUGCAUUUACUGAACCCGAGUAACAGCGCACGCCUGACCCCUCUUCGCUAUGACCUGAGGGACAGGAUCACUCGAUUAGGUGAUGUUCAGUAUCGACUGGAUGAGGAUGGCUUCCUGCGUCAACGAGGCACCGAGAUCUUUGAAUACAGCUCCAAGGGGCUCCUAACUCGAGUUUACAGCAAAGGCAGCGGCUGGACUGUGAUAUACCGCUACGAUGGCUUAGGGAGGCGGGUGUCAACCAAAACUAGCCUAGGACAGCACCUCCAAUUUUUUUAUGCUGAUCUUACUUACCCCACCAGGAUUACUCACGUAUAUAACCAUUCGAGUUCAGAAAUUACAUCCCUCUAUUAUGAUCUACAAGGACAUCUCUUUGCCAUGGAGAUUAGUAGCGGGGAUGAGUUCUACAUUGCAUCAGACAACACGGGGACACCCUUGGCUGUCUUCAGUAGCAAUGGACUUAUGCUAAAACAAAUUCAGUACACUGCCUAUGGGGAGAUCUAUUUUGAUUCCAAUCUUGACUUCCAGUUGGUGAUUGGAUUUCACGGUGGCCUCUAUGACCCACUCACCAAAUUAGUCCACUUUGGAGAAAGAGAUUAUGACAUACUGGCAGGACGAUGGACAACACCUGACAUAGAAAUCUGGAAAAGGAUUGGGAAGGACCCAGCUCCUUUUAAUUUGUAUAUGUUUAGGAACAAUAAUCCUGCAAGUAAAAUUCAUGAUGUGAAAGAUUAUAUCACAGAUGUUAACAGCUGGCUGGUGACAUUUGGCUUCCAUCUACACAAUGCUAUUCCGGGAUUCCCUGUUCCCAAAUUUGAUUUAACAGAGCCUUCUUAUGAACUUGUGAAGAGUCAGCAGUGGGAUGAUAUACCACCAAUUUUUGGAGUCCAACAACAAGUGGCUAGACAAGCAAAGGCGUUCCUGUCCCUGGGGAAAAUGGCGGAAGUGCAGAUCAGCAGACGCAAAGCAGGCGGUGAGAAAUCGUGGCUAUGGUUUGCCACGGUCAAGUCACUGAUUGGCAAAGGAGUUAUGCUUGCUGUGAGUCAAGGGAAAGUGCUGACCAACGUGCUCAACGUGGCCAAUGAGGACUGCAUCAAAGUGGCAGCCGUCUUGAAUAACGCCUACUACCUUGAAAAUCUGCAUUUCACCAUCGAGGGCAAGGAUACUCACUAUUUCAUCAAAACCACCACGCCAGAGAGCGACCUUGGCACCUUGCGUCUAACGAGUGGGAGGAAGGCUCUGGAGAACGGGAUCAACGUCACCGUUUCCCAAUCCACCACAGUAGUGAAUGGCAGGACUCGCAGGUUUGCCGAUGUUGAGAUGCAGUAUGGUGCUUUGGCUCUUCAUGUCCGCUAUGGCAUGACUCUGGAUGAGGAGAAAGCGCGCAUCUUAGAGCAGGCAAGACAAAGGGCCCUGGCCAACGCUUGGGCCAGAGAGCAGCAAAGAGUGCGGGAUGGAGAAGAGGGAGCCAGACUCUGGACAGAGGGAGAAAAAAGGCAGCUUCUCAGUGCUGGGAAAGUACAAGGAUACGAUGGGUACUAUGUACUCUCCGUGGAGCAAUACCCAGAGCUGGCAGACAGCGCCAACAAUAUACAAUUCCUUAGACAAAGUGAAAUAGGGAGAAGGUAACACACUGGCCGGGUCCGAGCCGCCAAAGAGACAAUGCACCAAAGUCUUCCCCGAGGGAGACGGGACUAUCACCGUAUCACUACUUGAGCCUAAACUCCACCUUUGCUCAGAAUUUUCUGUAGCACAAUUUGAAUUGGACUCUGUGAAAGAGAAGAGCCUUCCAGGAGAAUGAUACUGCUUUAAAAAACAAAACAAAACAAAAAUCAAAAAUCAAAAACAAAAACAAAAAAAAACCAUAAAAACAAAAGGAAAAAAAAAGAAAACUUUUUUCUGAAUGACCUUAAAGGUGAUCCGCUUUAAAGAAUAUGUUUACAUAUGCAUAUCGCUGCACUCAGUUGGACUGAAAGUAUUAAAAGGAAAGAAAAGGAAGAAAAGAAAGCGGCCUAAAAAUUUUACAAUAGGCCUCCUGUUCCUUUGAGGCACUGUAUUUAACUAAGGUAAAAUUCAUACAGUGUUUCCCAAUAUUACUGAAUUGUUGACCUUUGCUUACAAGAAGUAGUCUCUGCAUAGGAUGUGCUAUAUAUCUCUGUUAAUUUUAAAAUGUGGGGUAAAGUUACUGUUUAUAGACAACCCAACUGCUUUAACUGUGCUGCUUUAUAAAAGGACACUGGCACAAGGGACUUCGGCUACUACCGUGGGAAUUUAAUAAUGGAUUUUCCAAAUGCUAACAUGGUUUGCCUUGGGGGGAGAAAAAUGGCAAGUGGAACCCUUGUCACUGCUAAGCAAAGGAGACCCUGAUUUUUUUGUAAAUUAUGUGAGACAAGUUGUUUAUGGAUUUUUAUAUGAAUUACAAUUUACUGUACAUCAAAUAUUAGUCUCAGAGGAGUUAAUUUAUGUAAAGUGUUUAAAAAAGUUUAUACUUAAAAAAAUAAAAUGAUAAAAACAUGUGAACUGUGUGAUUUUUUAAAAAGGAUUGCACCUUUUGUUAUCUGUUAUAGCUAUACAGUAUAGAUGAUUAUAUUGUAGAGAUAUAACAGCUUAUGCCUAUAAUGUCCAAAAGUGUUCAUAUUUUUGUAUUAGGUUGAGAAAUUGUACAUCUUUCUAUCACCAACAUGGAUAGGAUAGUGCAGUCCUUAGUGGGUGGCUUUCAGAGUACAGCUCCCUUCCGGAAUUUUCUAAUCAUCAAACCGGUGCUCCCACCAUUAUCUCCCAGGGGCACAGCGGCAGCGAACUAAGGCUCGGGGAACUCAGAGAAAGCUGUGGAUGACUGGGGUUUUCCUGGUCCUCUCCCAACUGGAAAAAUAAACGGGGAUUUAUUCUAAUUAGCCACUGGGGUUUUCUUGUUAUCGUCGCAUUGGUUCUGCUAAUAGAGACCUGAAGCAACAUUUCAAGGUAGGAGAGCGCAGUGUUGCCAGGUGCUUGUAGAAGGUUCGAAGGACUCACUGUGGUCUUAACCGGAUCAGUCACAGUGGGUUACAAACGUGUCACUUUAAGGCACGGGGAAAGAUAACAGAAAUGGAGCCCCACAGAGAGGCCGAGGGACAGUUAGUCUGGGGUCUUGAACCUCUGGGUCACACAAAGGAACUCAGCGAGGGGGACAAGAGCCCAUCAGGCCCAUGUAGCCAAAUCUCCGUAGGACUGGGCUUGGGGAUAGCCCCGGCUCUGUGUUGAACCCGGAGAAGCCAGGGUGCCACAGAUCAGACUUGAAGCUAGUCCGCCCACAGCUGCACAUCUAAGCAAGCCCAGCAGCCGUCCACGACGGGCUCGAGCCACAAUUCAAAUCUCGUUCAGGAGCACUAAAUUCAGCCACAAAAAUAUUUUUAGAAAAUAUUUUUCAGUUCCUUGGGCUAGAGUCCACACCGUUUUUCCUCUAUGUAUAAUGGUGAUAAAAUAUAGCAAGUGAACAUGUCGUAAAUAUAAAGGUUCAAGUGAUGUAUUGAAAAUAAUUUUCUAACUGCUUUGUAUGUAUCACAUACUCGAAAUUGCACAGUAGGCGUGUUUAUUAAACAGACUGGCUGGGAGAGGUUCGAAAUAGCGAAAUAGCGACUGAAUGGCAGUAUCAGUGCUAUUACUGUAUUUGUGUAUUUGGUAGAGCAUACCGAAGUCAUUAAUCUUAUAAUGAAUGCUGAUAUUUUACUAGAAUGGAAGCACAGAUUAGCAUCAAUAUUUUUUAUCCUUGAAAGUCCUUUGGCAAGUAUGAAGAACCCCAGAUUUAGCAAACUAUGAAAUUUCAAACCACAUAAACAUGGCACUGUUUUCCAUUUUCUUUUUGAAAUGUAAACUGUUAGGUAUUUGCAAUUCUGUUAGAUGGAACCUUCAGCAGCACUGUAUUUAGUUAGCAUGUUGUAAGUGCUUUUGGUGAAAUAGGCUCGGAGUCUAAAUUCUCAGCAACCUUUCGGACCUAUUAAAUAUGAAAAGCCCGUUUGUACCACGUGGCAAAAGUGAAAUCGUGGUCUAUCGUCUUGACAUGUACUAGUCCUUUACAUUGGAACGGAUAAAUAACAAAUUAGAGGAUCUCUUGGUGCUUAUUUUAGAUGAAGUAAAAUCAAACCAAUUAGUGGUCUUGUUAGUGGGUAUAAUGAGCCUAUUUCUUACUAAAAAGACUUGUGAUCUGGACAUGCUUUUACAAGAAAUAGUGACCUUGGGGAAUAUGUAAACAAACAAACAAAAAACCUUUUUAAAAAAAAAACAAAAACAAAAAAAAGAAGGGGGGGGAAACUGUAUACUGAAAAAAAAUUAGCUUACAAAAAAAAUUGAUAUUCAAAGUAUUUUAGGCAAAGCCAGUCAAAAUGCUUUCAUGAUAUUUUGAGAUGUAAAUUUUGUCUGAUUUGUAUUGUUCCUUUCAUUUGCCUUCUUAACUUUAUAUGUGACCUGAAUUUUCCAUAACUUGAUGACUAUAGAUUGCAUCUAGGCAUUCCAAUAAAAGCCAACCCAAUGUG